GAGCUUUGGCUGCAGGAUGCGCGGGCGUCUGGGGCGCGCACUCACGUGGAGGUAGCGCAAGGCGACGGGGGCCGGGUGCUGGGGUACUGCGCCUGGCGCCUCGAGGGAGCUCUGCACUCGCCCUCGCUGCACGUGCUGGGCCUGGCGGUGGAGGGCCGACAGCGCCGGCGCGGCACGGGGAAGGCGCUGCUGCUGCGGGCGCUGAGCUUCGGCGAGGCCGCGGGCGCCGCGUUGGCCAUGCUGCACGUCAGGGCUGACAACCAACCGGCGCAGCGCUUGUACAGGCGCUUAGGCUUCCUGCGGGUGGCGCGGGUGCUGGGCUACUACGGCGAUUCGGAUGCGUGGGAGCUGCUGAGGGAGCUGCCAGCCAUGGAGAAGCGGGACGUGGACCAAAAGCUGGUGCUUCAGCUGCGCGCGGAAGGCGUUUCGAGGCGCGCGGCGGAGCGGGCGCUGCGGUGGGCGGGGAAUUUGGAGGAUGCGCGAGAGCUCGCGGCCGGGCGGGUGCUCACUGUCCUCCGGAAGGAGCUGCAGCAGAGCACUGUGCUGAAGGAGUGUCCCUUCAAGUACGGGAAGGCAGGCAAGUACGACCAGGGCUGUCAGUUCGUGCAGCAGACCAGCGACAUCGCGUCUCGGCAGCUGGAUUUGGCUUAG